AUGAUCGAAGCAAGAAAAAUUAAAUACUCGGCCAAACUAUAUGUGAAGCCAUUCAAUAAGAUAUUGUAUUAUAUUGGAAUUGACUGCAUUGUACGUAUACGACACUAUUUAAUUAUAGCAAAAUUCGAUUACCGUAUAAUAACCUCUUUUGGCAGUCACUGUUGUUGCAGACCUUUGCACUGUUCUUACAGAAUUUUUCACUGUUGUUUGAGAUGAACUGCACUGAAAUCAACCAAUCACAGUCGAGUAACUUUUUGUGCAUAUUCGUAUGUAUAUUUUUGUACUUUGAACACACUGUUUUAUGCUAUCUGCUUACGUUUUGUAUUUUAGGAAAAACUGCCGGUCUUCUUGGAUUUUGGGAUGAUAGCAAGGAUCAAGAAUUUUUAUUGCCAAACGGGAGCUUUAUUCACAAAAACUCAAGUUAUCGAAUACUUCACAAUGAAUUUGGCCAGAAAUGUAAGGUUUAAAUUUUAGUUUUGAAAAAUAAAAAAGUCAUGUUUGAAAAUAUUUUUUAGAAACAUUUUUCAGAUGUACUAGGAAGAAAACAAAUGGAAAAUUUUAAUAUGAAUUUUUACGUGAGAUUUUAUAAGAGUUACAACUGAAAAAUAAAAAUACAUGAUUAACUAAUUGUUUCAAAGCAAGAAAUUAAAAUUAAACUGAUAAACGAAGUAACAGUGAAAGUGACUCGCACAAGGAGUGUGCAGAUUGAAUCCAGUAUUCCAACUCCUAUAGAGAAUUGAAUACGUUAUCCUGAAUUUUAUAUAGUGAAUGUGUUAUAACAAUAUCUACAUGUAAAGUAUGGUACAUCUCACUAUUCCGAUGGACUAUGAAUUACAUAAGGUUAAUAUACACAACGUCAACCACUUCAGAAUAUGUUUAAAACAUUUUAUAUAGCUAGGUAUAAAAUCUUUGCGGGUUUUUACAUCAAAGUUUACUAGUCUUCAAACCCAAAAUGCAGAAGCUAAUACGACAGAUUUUAAAUAUGAACGAUAUGACUAUGUUUGCAGAUGGUUAGAAUAUUUCAAGUACUUGUUCAUUUUCGUAGUCCUUUGAAUCUAAUCAUUUGCAUUUUUGAUCAUUUGCAUUUUUGAUCAUUUGCAAUUUUCAUACUUGUUAAAAAACUCUGUCUUCUGAAUUGCUCAGAUCAUCUUUCGCCUAAUCGCCUUACAUGCAUGCCCUUGCUGUGGGCUUUACCUUUAAGUUUGAGCAUUUUCUAAUCGUCAAAUGAGGAUAUUAUUUUGUUUUGCAUAAAAUUUUGAUCCUUUUCUUCUCAAUCACAGCACUGCAACGACUCCCGAUCUUAGUAGCGGCUUAGGUGAUAUUAGCUCCACCCAUUGAUGUCCACCAUUUCACGUCAUUAUUACAAUACGUACGUGCAAGUUUGAUAGUACAACCUACUUUGCUGUACUUCUAACACAUACAAACGAGUUUCUAUAUACAGCUAUUUCAAUUAAGGUUGUCCACGAGCAAAGCGGAAAAGUCGAAUACGAGCGCGAAAGGCUGCUGGGAAUCGCUAACAAAUUAAUGAAUUUUCAAAGCGAUUCCCAGCAGGCUUUCGCGCUCGUAUUCGACUUUUCCGCUUUGCUCGUGGACAACCUUAAUUGAAAUAGCUGCAUGCCAAUUUCGGAAAACGAAUUGUAAUACCGCGGCUCGCAGGAGUACAAACCUAACUUUCCAAUCACUAAACUUAAUGUAGUUCUAUUUUUAUUGAUAUUUUCUUUCAUAUACUAUUGAACUUGCGUUUGUAAAUUUUCUGCAGGGAUUGUUGAAAGGAACAAGACCUUGUUUACUUAUCGAAUUGGAGAAAGUUAUGACAGUUUUCUUGAUCCCAACUUUACACCAGUCUUUCUGGAUGAAACAGCCUCACUUUUUUCCAAUUCCACUUUCGAGCAAGAAGCAAGGAAUGUUUGCGGGGAAAAUCGGGAAUGUUUGUUUGAUAUUGCUGUGACUGGAAAAACGAGGGUUGGUGAAGCAACGUUGGAAUCUUUCAAUGAACUAGAGCAGAGAACAAAUAACUCAAAAAUUGGUAAGCUGGUUGAACAAUUAUAAACUACUGUAGUUACCAUUAUGUUUAAAAUGUAGAUUUCGUAUAUUAUUUGUAGGAUGGCCAGAAAUCAUGGACAUGAUUUAUAAUUCGUCUUUUUCAGUAAUUUGCAUAUCACAUUGAAAAAUGGCUUCAACAGCAAACAGAAAAUUAUAUAACACGCGAACGUUGUUAAUUGAAAAAGCAGUGAAUAAAGUAGGUCGUUAAGUUUAGAGCUUGCUUCGAUCGCUGGUUGCAAAACAAAGUUUGUCGAAGACUAGAAGUACUAGUUUGUUGGUCUCAUGAUUUCCGAUAAUGCCUAUUCUGCAAUUUUAAUAUUUGUACGGAGGUUAAUUAAUUUGUACGACAUUGGUUGGUUUAACUCUAUAUAAAUGUAACACAAAGUAGGAAAUAAUGUAAACCAGGCAAACACCACACUAAAUAUUUCCACAGACUUAAUUUGGUCGGCAACCAGCAAUUGAGGCAAAGGGUUAUCGAUAGUUUGUAAAUUAAUAGGGAGGUAGCAUGCAUAACAUGCGCAUGUCCAUGAUUUCUGGCCUAAAAGUGUGUAAGUGUAUAAUAAGAGUUAUACAAACAAAGAUAUGUCGAGCACCGUAUAUGCAGACUAAGUACUUUAUUUGAAAUUUCCAGUUGCCGAUCCCAUUUACUUUGGUUGUGACGGUGUUGAGAACAGUGCUAAGAAAACAGAUUUUUGCGGUGUUUGUGGAGGUGAUAACUCAACAUGCACAGAUUGUGAAGGUCAGAUCAAACCUGGUUUUCUUAAAAAUGGAACAUGCGGUAAGUUUCUAGAUAUGUUUAUUGUUCAAUACUUCAGAAUGAUGAGACUUCGUGCCUAAUACUAAUUAAAAUAUGAUACAUGUACAUAAUUAAAUUAUAUGCAAUCUCUUAUUUGCCCAACAUUAAUAAAAACCUUCAACGAAAUUUUCUAUAUGUGUGCAUUUGGCAUAUUUUCAAUAUUUAAGACAUUUUGUUUUACAAUACGUAUAUUUUCUGAUGUCAAGCUACAGUUUGCCAUAAAAUUAUCCUGCAUCGUAUAUACUGUAGAUUAUGAUAUCAGCAUAGAGACAUAGGUGCCUUGCUAAUUAACCAUAUGCAAACUGUCAGCCGACUUUAAAUUAAAUUAAGCUACGUAAUGAUUGGGAAGCAUAUAAUAAUAAUUGCCUUAACCUUUACACAUGAUCGCACUGUUCCCUAUAAUUUACACUGCAUAUAGAAAAAUUGACAAGUUAUUUUAAAUAAGUUUUAUUUGUGAUUUAGCAAUAUUAUAUAUUGUGUCACGAAUUAUCCAAACCUGUAGGUUUCUAUCAUCCGUGGACCCGGUGGAAUGCUUGCUUUAGGAGUGGUAAUAAAGAAAUAAAAACAAGAAAUCGAACCUGCUCAACCAAAGACCAAUGUCGUCAUUUAGGUGAAAAUGUACAGCAUGAGGAGUGCAAGCGUGCUGUUGACGACGAUGAUGAUGGUAGGUAUAAAACAUCAGUUACGAAAAGAAAAGAUUCCGUUUGACCAUGCAUCCUAAGCCUCAAUCCGUCUCGAUUAUUUGAGGGUUUUCGUUGGAUUGUCCUACAAGUGCAAGUCAUGCCAUUGCAUGACAUUUAAAAUCCUCAAAAGCAAAACUGUCUAGCAUGCCAUUUUCAGUUGAGAAAUUCAUUUAAUUCUGACUUAUGGCCAGUCUAUACCAUUACUUGCUGCGAUUUCAAUCAAGGCCGAAUUUUUUUAUGCUGAUCGUGAUGACUAUGGCUAUAUGAAAUCGCCAGACAUAUAAACACCUGCGAUUUAUCUGCAAUUUUAGUGCAACUUCACUGCGCCAAAUUGUAAACAUUUCAAUCUUGCUUGAAAUUUAUCAAAACUCGCUGCGUUUGUUUUUUUAAAAUGCAAUUAAAAUACGACUGUUACUCCUAAACUAUCAUAUUUAAUCAUAGUAAAUAUUAUAAAAAAGGCUGAACUGAAAGGGAUAGCAGAUAAUCUUCAAAAGCAAUUUGCGUAAAUGAAUUGCAUGGCUGAACAACUAGAAUUCAUUUUAUUUCAAGGACUAGUAAGUUGAACAGUUUACCGGCAAAUAGUAAUUCAUUUACAAAGCUCAGUGGAAUUGCAUUCACCGAUUCACGUCCCAACGUUUCGACACUCCAGUCUAGUGUUUUCAUCUGACACUAGAUUGGAGUGUGAAACGUUGCAUGCAAUUCGACUGAGCUUUGCAUUAAUUUAUAAAAAAUAGAAUAUAAAUUUCUUGCUUGCCCUGAACACACAAACUUUAAAUAAUUAAAUUCAUGCUUUUAUUUUUUAUUUUCCGUUUUUGUAUAGAUGACAGCAAAACUGUGGAGUUUUAUCUUUCUGUUGUUGGACUGCCUGUUCUUGUUUUACUGCUGAUUAUUGUGGCUAUUUCUUUGUGUUGUUACUUCGUGCGCAAGAAAAAUAAAUCUGAAGCUGCUGGCAAACCUCAUUCCACUACUCAUGUUAACAACGCAUAUGUCAUAAGUUAG